UCGAUACAGGGUUAGUAUAAGAGUGCUAGUAAUCGGCAAUGCUUUAUUUUUCUCUGUGUCCGGUCAUAAGAGAAAUAUUCGUCGUUGGAAAUUUCGUGAUUCGAAAUUCUAAUCGCAAGUAAAUUCGCAAACAUGUUUCGCAUUUUUAUGCUGAUCGUUGCAAUCUUUGUGAUGAUUGACGCGCAAUUGCAGAGGAUUUUAUUACACAAGACGGAUUCUAUUCGACACACUUUGAGAAAGCUUGGCACUGACAUUCCAAUAGUUUCUAUGAUCGAAGCUAGCACUCAUACUAGAGUGCCUUUAUCUAAUUAUUUAGAUGUUCAGUAUUAUGGUGUUAUUACUAUCGGAACUCCGCCGCAGAAAUUUAAAGUAGUGUUUGAUACUGGUUCCUCAAAUCUUUGGGUACCAUCCAAAAAGUGCAACUAUUUAAACAUUGCUUGCUUAAUGCAUAAAAAAUAUGAUAGUAGAAAAUCCAGUACAUAUAUACGAAAUGGUACUGCGAUUCAGAUUUUAUAUGGCAGUGGCUCUAUGGCUGGAUUUUUAUCUACUGAUGUAGUGAGUAUUGCCGGUUUCAAUGUUCGAAAUCAAACAUUUGCGGAAGCAAUACACGAGCCAGGCAUUGCGUUUGUUGCUGCAAAAUUUGAUGGUAUUUUGGGCAUGGGUUAUUCCACGAUAUCCGUCAAUAAAGUAAUGCCUGUGUUCUACAAUAUAAUAAAACAAGGCCUAGUGUCAUCAGCCGUUUUUAGCUUUUAUUUGAAUAGGUAUGCAUUUUCUUUUCAUGCAUUGCGUAUGUCUAAAAAUGUUUUUAACAAAAAUAUAUAUAUAUAUAUAUAUAUAUAUUACAAUAUGAAAAUUAUACAACUGCGCAGAAAUAUUUCGGACAAUGUCGGUGGUGAAUUAAUAUUGGGUGGUACCGAUCCCGAUCAUUACACUGGCGAGAUUACGUAUGUUCCUGUUAGUAAGAAAGGAUACUGGCAAUUUACUAUGGAUAAGAUCACGAUACAUAGUCAUACCUUGUGUGCGGGUGGCUGUCAAGCUAUCGCUGAUACAGGUACCUCAUUAAUAUAUGGACCAAUAUUGGACAUCUCAAUUAUUCAUGAACUUAUUGGAGCUAUUGACAUUGCUGGAGAGUAUAGAAUAAACUGCAGCAAAAGAGACUCUGCUAAGAUGCCAGUGAUCAGGUUUAUUAUAGGUGGUAAAAUGUUCAAUCUUACCAGUCAGGAUUACAUCUUACAGAUGUCUACAGUUGAUCACACGGUAUGUAUCAGCGGUUUUGCACCGUCUGACAAUAUUGAUAAAUAUUGGAAUCUAGGCGAUGUAUUUAUUGGCCGUUAUUAUACCGUGUUUGAUUUUGAGGAAGACCGAGUGGGAUUUGCCCCAUCGAAAUAAAUGUCGAUUGCUAUUUCUUAAAAUUAUAUAACAAGACAUCGCAUUAAAUGAUAACUUCGCGA